UCAGCUUUGCAGGUUCAUGACGGCCGAAAGAAAGAGCGCGAAAACACACACACGCACGCACACACAAUACCUUGAUUUGAAUUUCCUCCAGAAGCGAUGGGGGCGGCGCGGUGCUCAGACAGGCGGACGCGGGGCUGAAGUGCAGCAGGAGCGACGCUGGUGUGGAGCUGGAAGCGGGGCUGGUGUGGAGCUCUCCGCGGUGCUGAAACCGGUCCCACAGCGACAUUCAUCGACGUGAAUGCAAGACCGACGGGGGAAAUUCACAUCCAGCCUGCGAGGACAGCAUGAGGAGGGUUUUCAUGCCCACACCGCUGCUCUUACUGAGCUGUUUCGGAGCGUCGUGGGUCUUGGCUGACAGUUUGGCAGCUCCAGUGAAUGUGUCCAUCAGGGAUCUGAAGAGCAGCUCAGCUGUGGUGACAUGGGACACGCCGGACGGAGAGCCGGUCAUCGGCUUUGCCAUCACACAACAGAAAAAAGAUGUCCGCAUGCUGCGCUUUAUUCAAGAAGUGAACACCACCACGCGGAGCUGUGCAUUGUGGGAUCUAGAGGCCGAUACGGACUACAUUGUGCACGUUCAAUCUAUCAGUAUCAGCGGGGCGAGUCCUGUUAGUGAAGCGGUGCACUUCAAGACCCCGACUGAAGCUGAAACGCAGGCCUCCAAGAGCAAAGACGAGGUGACGAUGGAAGAGGUCGGGCCAAACGCUCAGCUCAGGGCUGGAGAGUUCAUCAUCAUCGUGGUGGUCCUUAUCAUGUGGGCAGGUGUGAUCGCACUGUUCUGCCGUCAGUAUGACAUCAUUAAAGACAACGAGCCGAACAACAACAAGGAUAAAGCCAAAAACUCGUCUGAAUGCAGCACUCCGGAGCACACGUCAGGAGGCCUGCUGCGCAGUAAGGUAUAACCAGCAGUCUGAGACCGUCCAGACCACACUGUACACAGACCUCCAACGACAACCGAACGCCAUCUGUCAACAUUAUCAAAGUGUGAAUCUGCAUUUACCACAUGCCGAAAGUGCAAAAACAACAAGCAGGAAUUCUGGACUUUACCUGAAGAAAGCCGGAAUAAUACGGCGAGAGUCUGAAACCGGCUCCGGGAGUCUGGAGAUAAGAGCAAAUCUGUGAAGAUGCACGGGGUUAGAAAAAUGGCUUUACAAUUUGACUGCAAGAAGAUCCGCGUUUAAAAGCCUGUCUUUUACACUUGAAAACUCUUGAGCUUUGCUCCUUUAUCUGGUUUCCUCUUUUACUCUGUUUCCAAUGGCAUGAUGCACAUUCUCAAUGAUCUUUUUUAUAGUCAAGUCAAUCUGCAGUGAGAAUCUGAACUGAGGAUAAUAAUGUCUGAAACCACAAGGAAAAUUAAUGGGUUUAAAAUAAUCAAUUGUCAAUCAAUUGUCAAUUUUAAAUGAAUAAACAUACACUUUUAACAGUUUUAUGUAGAAUCUACAGUAAC